AUGGGCCAUGCAGAAAAGAGGAGGGUACACUUCAAUGAACUACCGACGGAGAUCUUGGAAUUGAUCGCGAUGAACCUUGACUUUCUUGAUUACUUGCGUUUCGGUGCGCUUUGCCUCAAGACAUGGAAAAUAUUCCGGGCCCCGACUCUUAUAACUAUUUUGGAAGAUAUUCACGCAUUGAGAAAUGAUACCUCGGAACUACCGCCCGUGUAUGGUCAAUUCGACAGAUGCCAUUACAUUUCACGGGGCCAUAUCUUAUCCCACGCUUAUCGAGAGAAUGGUCUCGUCCCAAAGAUGGAUGAUUUAGUGCAGCUGAAAGUAUCUUCGAAGCAUCCUUGUGGCGGCAUGGUUGAGCGUGCAGCUCGUUCUCGCAACUACAAAAUGCUCUUGACUCUCAUGAUUGGUCACGGUGCUUCUUUUCGAGAGGUUCACGGUGGAGUCGAUGGGCUCUGUUGCGACGCAUACGAGCAAGGCGACUUUGGAAAAUUCCGCUGGCUCUUUCUGAAAGGAGGAGCGUCCUUGGAUAAACUGGCUGGAAUGGUGUUCUUGUUUUCUGCUUGUCAUAGGCCAAGAACGCGUCAGGCUUGCCGUAAUCAUCAAGUUGCGUUGAAAAAGGCCCUCAUGGAGGGAUCAGCCCCUCCCGACUCCCAUGCGGCCCUUGCAGCACGUCUACGUAAAGAACGUCGUGAUGGGAGGACGAGACUGAUCAGCUAG